AUGGCGCUGAACUCCAAGCGAAAUGAGUGGCAUUUGCUCCGAUAUGCGCGAUUUAUUCACUCAAAUGAUGCCGUCCAGAGUGCCGAAAAAGAUAAGGAAAAUGCUUCGACACCAGCAGGAACGUGGAAGCAUUUUUCCUGGUCUGAUGCUGAACCACUAAUGCUGUCCAUUCAAGAUUCCAGCCAGCUUCUAAUCACCAGAGGCAAGCUAAUCCUUGAGAGUCACUUUCUCUUUGAUGCUGAGCACUACAUAAAGGGGGCGUUCAAAGGAGAUUGUGUGUUAUUCAUCCAGAAAAUUAAGAACGAAUGCAGGAAGUUCCGUGUCAAGUUUAUGCAAGGUCCAUUUCCGUCGACUCUGAAGGCUUGCGCAGACUGCAUCGCUACUCUGCAGGCAUUCUUCCACAUUCAAGAGGAAGGAGCUGGAACUUCACAAAAUCCUGCUGAGAACAGAAUGACUCUGGAAGGAGAGGUUUCCAUGGGAACUGUUGCUAAGGUUGUACUAGGCAACACAACCUUGGACCUCCCUCUGGCCUAUCACCAUCACCAAUCGUCAUGGCAACCUGAGCAGGUUGCCGGGGCAUUACGGCUCUGCCUUGCAGAUCCAACAUUUCCAGCGUUUGUGGAGGCCGUGGAGGAUGAACUGAAGAAAUUGAACAGAGAAAAAUGACACUUCACUAUCAGAGGUGAGUUCCUCUACUGAAUGUCAAACCCAAGCAAAAUUACCCGUUCAAAAAGAGUCUAAUUACCUGAAAAAAAAAUUUAGAGAAAACAAUUUCCAGGGCUAACUUUCAAAAUUGAUACCAGUGGCAUAGCCUGCUUCUAGCCGGAGAUACAUGUUGAAGUGUCAACAAUAUUGCAGUCAAGUUUUCAUAAGUCUAUCACUUUGGCAGUUAUCUAGACCAAAUUUAAUCAGUGAUUUUUGUUGACAUCUGGUCUCUUUCCCUUGAUGCAGAAAAUAUAUAUGCUGGGUACUGGGCAAAAAUCAAUCCGUGUUUCGCUGAUGGUUGCUAAUCAGACUCAGUCUUAGCCCCAAAUCAUUCCAAUCAGUUGACAAGAACCAUCACUCAAUCUAGGGCCAAACUUCUGAUUUGAAAGUUGACUUGAAUUACUUGACACAGGAUGGACCGUUUCUUCAUCCAACUUGCAUUUUGGGCCUGUUAUUCCACGAGAAGCAACAAGACAUUGUGUUUGCCUUUUGGAAUUCCCAAAGUCUCCUCAUGUAUUGUCUGAAACAUGGGGUUGGUUUCCUAUUUCUCUGGUUAUUUUCAGAACUGAACAAACCCACAAGACGGUGUCACAUGGUGCAACUUUGGUUCACUACCAAACCACUAUCUGCACACAAAUUGUAUUGCAUUUUUAAGAUUGAGAUGACAAGCUAGACAACAGGUGGGGCAGGUUGUUGCCGGACUCAGCUCUCCCACUGAGUAUAUCUUUGUUUCCUUCCAAGAAUCAAGCCAAGACAUGUUCUAAAAAUAUAGUCCAGUAAAUCAGUUCUCAUAUUUUGACUACUAGAAUACUUGUCUCUCUGAUGGUUGCAAGUUCAACAAUAUAUACACCUCAUGCAAAUAAAAGCACAAAGCGAAUCUGACACCAUAAAACUUCACACCAAAAAUACAAACUACAGGAAUGCACUUGAUUUCUUUUCUUUGGUUUAACCUUUUAUUUGAUAUUUUGACUUUAAAAAGCCACUUUUAUGUACAUGUUUCCUUUUUGUUGUACAACUUAUACAAAUUUAUUUACAAUAGUUCCUUUUAGAGUAUGACUUUAUACUUUGCUGUGACAUGAACACUUCAAGAGUUUUCAG